AUGCGUGGUUUCGCUCAGUUGGCAGCGGCACUUGCCGCCUUCAUGGUUGGUCAGACUUUGGCCAGUCCAGUCGCCAGAAGCCUCCCCGGACCUGUUCAGGUCACCCCCAAGAAGGGCGAUGUUGUCAUCACGCCCCAGAACUUCCUCAACGGUACUUGGAAGGGCAAUGAAACAGCCAAAAGCGACGCUUUGAAUACUGCUGCCAUUUCCGGCACUCUGCCUAUUGAGAUUGUCAACAACUUGGCAGGGUCAGCCUCUGGUUCCAUCAACGCCUACAUUCAGGGACAAGACACCACCGGAGCUAUUGUUUUCGUGCUAGCCGACGGCUCCUUUUACUACCCUCCUGGUACUUCAUCUGGCGUUCCUGUUCAGAUCAGCGAGAACCUUGCCAUUCCUUUGGGCGCUCAAGGAACUACCACCACCCUCACCAUUCCAAAUUAUCUCAUCUCUGGUCGUGUCUAUUUGGCUGUCGGUGAUCUUGCCUUCUACAUGGUGUCGGGCGGUCUUGUCCAGCCCUCUGCCACCAACCCAUCUGAUGCCAGUGCUAAUGUCAACUGGGGCUUCAUUGAAUUAACCAACAGCCCUACCGCUGGCCUAUUCACCAACAUCAGUUACGUUGACUUUAUCGGCUUGAUCCUUGGUAUGUCUGUGACAUCCAGUGAUGGCACUGUCCAGACUGCUCUCGGUUUGACAUCCAGCGCCGUGCAAGACAUCUGCACAAAACUUGCUUCCCAGACUGCUUCUGAUGGUUACCCAUGGGCAAGUCUCUGCCAGACCGACACCUCUGGUGCCUAUCUCCGUGUGCUGUCCCCCAAUGACUAUAUCAGCACUGACGGAUCUGCCUUUUCCGACUACUGGACUUCUUACAUCUCCCAGGUCUACUCCACAUACGCCUCCAGCCCCUUGACCAUCAACACUCAGAAUACCCCCGGCGACGUUACCUGCACCACUGGAGGAUCCGCCAUCCUGACCUGCGAAGGAAGUGAUGUUACCUUUGCCGAGCCCACUGCUGGCGAUAUCUUCGGCUGCAACAGCGGCCCCUUCGCUGUUACCGGAAACGCUGUCGACACUGCCAUCGUGCCCCGUCUCUGCGCUGCUUUCAACCGUGGAACUCUUUUGUUGUCAGGUGGCAAUGUCCAGCCUAGCCUUAGCGCUGACAGCUACUACACCACUUCUCCUUGCAACUACUACAGCAAGUUUGUACACCAGAACGAGGUCGAUGGCAAGGGUUACGCUUUCUCUUAUGACGAUGUCAACCCUGAUGGAGAGAACGCCUCUGGUGAGCUCACUUCGACUGACGCCAGUCUCUUGUCCAUCACUGUUGGUGGCCCAUCCACCUAA